GAGAGAGAGAGAGUGAAAGCGUGAGGAGUGGAAUUGAUGAGAAACGCCAUGGAAAGGGUUAAGAGGAAAGAGAUGAUGAUCAGAAAAAGAGGAUACGAUACGAGAUCUAAGAAACGAUACUUGAGCAAUCUUCCUCCGGAGUUAAAAAGAGAGAUCCUCCUCAGAUUGCAGUCGAAAUGCGUAGCCAGGCUCAUCUUAGUUUCUAGGGAUUGGCCAUCGAUUGUUCGCGACAAAGGUUUCAUCGACUCGUACCUUAAUCGAUCUUCUUCGUCGACAGGCCCGCGUCUUCUCUUCACAGUCUGCAAUCCUGAGAAGCAGUUCUUUCUCUCCUGCCCUCAGGACGAUCCUUCUUCCGAUCAUCAUCGGGUAAGCAUCGCUCCUCCGAAUCCAAACCCUGAUCAUCGUUAUAAGUUUUCUCCUCCCGUCCGUGGCUUGAUCUGCUGUCAGAAUCAAAGUAGAGUUUUGAUUGGAAACCCUAGCACGGGUCAGUUCGUUACUCUACCCAGAGUCAAAACUUGGAGAAAAGGCAUAUUUAGCUUUUUUGGGUAUGAUCCGGUUAAUGAUGUAUACAAAGUGUUGUGCAUGACGGUGAUACAUGCACCACCAGAUCGCGAAUCGCAGCUUUUGUCUGAGGAACACCAGAUUAUCACUCUGGGAGCUAAAAAAGCAGCGUGGAGGAUGAUCAAGUGCCAGCAUCCCCAUCGUCCUCCUUGUCGAACUAAAGGGCUAUGCAUGAAUGGGUUUAUAUAUUACUUUGCUUGGAUCCACGAAAAGCAAGGAUGUCUCAUCAGCUUUGAUCUGAGUUCUGAAGAGUUUAAUGUCAUCAAGCUACCUGAGGAUGUCCGACUCAAGGAGGCUUGUGAAGUUGUGAACUACGGCGGAAAGAUAGCUCUAGCGACGGCGUUAGUUUUCCGUGGUAAGCUUGACCUGUUGGUUCUACAAGAUGCCAUCAAACAAGAAUGGUUAAAAGUUCCUGUCGUGGUUCCGGAAGAGUUACUGGGGAACCUUUUUUGGUUCAAGGGUGGAACUUGUGACAAUGAGCUCGUCUUUGCACCUUACGAGUCCUUGACGCCUUCCUUUACGCCUUCGUCUUCAUUCUUCUUUGUUUGCUACAAUCCCAAAGAUAAGACUUCCAAAAAGGUUCUAAUUGAAGGACUUGGAGAUCAAUGUUCUUCUGAGAUUGAAGCUUUUCUCAAUUACACAGAGAGCCCCUCGCUUUUGACAAAUAGAGAAUAGCUGAUGCUUCAUUGGAAUCUGAAUAUCACAACAUACAGUAAGUGAUUUGGUGUUUGAGCAUACAAGACUCUUGUCUCUGUAACCAAAAUUUGAAAAAGACAUGGCUGUCUAGAAGAGAAAGUAAAACU